AUGAAAGGGCUGUUCUUCCUGGCUCCCCUCGUGGGCGCUGCUGUGCUAGGUUCACGGUCACAACUUGAUGAUUGUCCUGGCUACAAAGCUUCGAAUGUUAAACAGCUUGGUGAGACCCUCACGGCUGACCUGACUUUGGCUGGGGAUCCUUGUAAUACUUAUGGUUCUGAUCUGCCGAAUCUUAAGCUUCUAGUUGAGGCUCAGAAUGAGAACCGUCUCCAUGUUAUGAUCUAUGAUGCCGAUGAACAGGUCUACCAGGUUCCCGAGUCUGUCGUGCCGCGUCCUACCGGGCGGAAAGGUCACCAGAAAAAGUCUACUCUGCGCUUCGACUACAAGGAGAAUCCCUUCUCGUUUAGAGUAAUGCGCGGAAAAGAAGUCCUCUUCGAUACUACUGGUACGAAUAUCGUCUUCCAAUCUCAGUACUUGAAUCUGCGCACUUGGCUCCCGAAUGACCCCAACCUCUAUGGUCUUGGUGAACAUACUGAUUCUCUGCGUCUGCCGACGACGAAUUACACUCGGACGCUGUGGAAUCGGGAUGCUUAUAGUAUUCCAUCCGGGACAAAUCUCUACGGUGACCAUCCGAUCUACAUUGAUCACCGCGGGGAGAAGGGUACCCAUGGUGUUUUCUUCUUGAAUUCUAAUGGGAUGGAUAUCAAGGUCAAUAAGAGUGAUGAUGGGAAGCAGUAUCUGGAGUAUAAUACUCUUGGUGGUAUUCUCGACUUUUACUUCAUGGCUGGACCGACGCCUAAGGAUGUUAGUGUCCAGUAUUCGGAUGUUGUUGGACUCCCUGUCAUGCAGAGUUACUGGACCUUUGGUUUCCACAACUGUCGCUAUGGCUACCAGGAUGUCUUUGACGUCGCGGAGGCUGUCUACAACUAUAGUCGUGCUGGUAUUCCACUUGAGACUAUGUGGACUGAUAUCGACUACAUGAAUGGCCGACAAGUAUUCACACUUGACCCUGAGCGGUUCCCCAUUCACAAGAUGCGGGAAUUGGUUUCGUACCUGCAUAAGCAUGACCAGAAGUAUAUCGUCAUGGUUGAUCCGGCUGUUAGCCACUCUGACAACGGCGCUUUCAAUCGAGGCUCCGAUCAAGGGAUCUUCCUCUACCGUGACAGCGACCAAAAUGAACUCUACGAAGGAGCCGUCUGGCCCGGUGCUACAGUCUACCCAGACUGGUUCAACCCCGAAACACAAGAAUACUGGAAUGAGGAAUUCGCUCGCUUCUUCAGCGCAUCGGAUGGCGUCGACAUCGACGGUCUCUGGAUCGAUAUGAACGAAGCUGCUAAUUUCUGCCCAUACCCUUGUGAAAAUCCGGCUCAGUAUGCGCUGGAUAAUGAUCUUCCACCUGCGGCUCCGCCUGUUCGUGAGCCGCCGAGGAGGAUUCCUGGUUUCCCUGAAGAUUUCCAACCGGACUGGAAGACGAGGCGGGCUAAGAGGGGUGUGGAUGUUCAGCGGAGUUUGGGUUUGAGUUUGAGUUCCCGUGGCCAUCAUGGGAAGAAUGGUGUUGGGGGGAAGGGGAUGAAAGUUGGUCUUGAGGGUCGCGAUCUAAUUAAUCCUCCUUAUGCGAUUGCGAAUGAGGCUGGUGGGAUCAGUAAUAAGACUAUUGACACGGAUAUUGUCCAUGCUGGUGAGGGGUAUGUUGAGUAUGAUACUCACAAUCUCUAUGGGACUAUGAUGAGCUCCACAUCCCGUGAAGCAAUGCUCAAGCGUCGUCCUAAUGUUCGUCCUCUCGUUAUUACUCGCAGUACCUUUGCCGGAGCGGGGUCCCAAGUCGGUCAUUGGCUAGGCGAUAAUCUAAGCGAAUGGGGCAAAUACCGCAUCUCAAUCAGCCAAAUGCUAGCUUUCGCAUCAAUCUUCCAAAUACCCAUGGUAGGAAGCGACGUCUGCGGCUUCGGCAGUAACACGACGGAAGAACUCUGCGCGCGCUGGGCCAUGCUAGGCGCUUUCAACCCCUUCUACCGCAACCAUAACGAACUCACCUCCAUCCCGCAGGAAUUCUACCGCUGGGAGAGUGUUACGGCUGCCGCGAAGAAGGUUAUUGAUAUUCGGUAUCGGUUGUUGGAUUAUUUGUAUACUUCUUUCCAUAAGCAGACGUUGACGGGCGUGCCGUUCUUGCAGCCGCUUUUCUUUGUUUAUCCUUCUGAUGGGAAUGUCGUUGGGAAUGAGUUGCAGUUCUUUUAUGGGGAGGGGAUUCUUGUUUCGCCUGUUUCUGAGGAGGGGAGUACUUCUGUGCAGGCUUAUUUCCCUGAUGAUGUGUUUUAUGAUUGGUUUACCGGGGAGAAGAUUGUCGGGGCUGGUGCUGUCCAGACUUUGGAAGGGGUUUCUGUUACUGAUAUCCCGGUUCAUAUUCGUGGUGGAAGUAUUCUUCCGCUGCGGGUUGAGGGUGCGAUGACGACCACUGAGCUGCGGAAGCGGGGCUUUGAGAUUCUUAUUGCGCCUGGUGUUGAUGGGUCUGCUGAGGGUGAAUUGUAUCUUGAUGAUGGGGAGUCGAUUGAGGUUGAGAGUGCGGCAGAGAUUCGAUUCAAGUAUCGCGAUGGAAAGUUGAAGAUUAGCGGUCGCUUUGGGUAUCAUCCUACUGUGGCUAUUGAGGCUGUGACUGUUCUUGGACGGGAUUCCCCGAAGAACAAGAAGGCUGCUCAAUAUGAUGCUGCCCGACGGAGUGUCACUAAGAAGGUUGAGAUUAAGUUGACUGGUCCGGCGGAAGUGGAAGUAUAA